UCUCAGGAUCCUUUCUAGCGCGUCUGACAACCUGGAAGUGUUUGSAGAGAGCAGGAGAGAGAGAGAGAGAGAGAAGCAGGCUUGCAUUGGAUAGAUUUUUUUCUUCCAGGCUGGGUUUUCACAUGCUGCUCCGCAAAUAAAUAAAUAAAAAGGAAAUAUGCACACGAGACGCCUGAUCCCAUUGUAAUUUCCAUUGCAAACGGGGGAAAAUAGACCCAUACAUUAUAUAUGUGGAGAUGCAUUGAUUGCAUGGAAUUCAACGAGCAAGUGGGGGAUUCGGCGAAGGAAGCUCGUAACAUGGCGGAUAGCGAGGAAGGCUUCGGGCUGCCCAGCACGCCGGCCGAUCCCGAGGCCAAGGAGCUCCAGGCUGAAGCCAAGCAGGACACGCAGCUGGGGGCCACCAGCAAGUCGCCCACCUCACCCCAAGCAGCCUUCACCCAGCAGGGCAUGGAGGGCAUCAAGGUGUUUUUGCACGAACGCGAGCUGUGGCUGAAGUUCCACGAAGUGGGCACGGAGAUGAUCAUAACAAAGGCCGGGAGGCGAAUGUUCCCCAGUUACAAAGUGAAGGUCACUGGACUCAAUCCAAAAACCAAGUACAUCCUGUUGAUGGAUAUUGUACCAGCGGAUGACCACAGAUACAAAUUCGCAGAUAAUAAAUGGUCCGUGACCGGCAAGGCCGAGCCGGCCAUGCCCGGCAGGCUGUACGUGCACCCCGAUUCCCCGGCCACCGGCGCCCACUGGAUGCGGCAGCUGGUGUCMUUCCAGAAGCUCAAACUCACCAACAACCACCUGGAUCCCUUCGGACACAUCAUCCUGAACUCCAUGCACAAAUAUCAGCCCCGGCUUCACAUCGUCAAAGCGGACGAGAACAACGGCUUCGGCUCCAAGAACACGGCCUUCUGCACCCACGUCUUCCCCGAGACCGCCUUCAUCGCCGUCACCUCCUACCAAAACCACAAGAUCACACAGCUCAAAAUUGAGAACAACCCCUUCGCCAAAGGCUUCCGCGGCAGCGACGACAUGGAGCUGCACAGGAUGUCCAGGAUGCAGAGCAAAGAGUACCCGGUUGUUCCCAGGAGCACAGUGAGACAAAAAGUGUCCUCGAACCACAGCCCCUUCAGCGGCGAGAGCAGGGUCCUGUCUGCCUCCUCCAACCUGGGCUCCCAGUACCAGUGYRARAAYGGGGUGUCCAGCACCUCCCAGGACCUGCUGCCUCCUGCCAACCCCUACCCCAUCUCCCAGGAGCACGGCCAGAUCUACCACUGCACCAAGAGAAAAGACGAGGACUGUCCCUCCACCGAGCACCCCUACAAGAAACCCUACAUGGAAACAUCGCCAGCAGACGAGGACCCUUUCUACAGGCCCAGCUACCCUCAGCAGCAGCAGCAGCAGCCRCAGCAGCCGCAGCCAGGCCUGGGWGCAGCCUACAGGACUGAGUCGGCKCAGCGCCAGGCCUGCAUGUACGCCAGUGCUGCAGCACCCGCCGAGCCCGUGCCAGGCCUGGAGGACAUGAGCUGUAACGCCUGGCCCGCCGUGCCCCCCUACAGCAGCUGCACCGUGCCCGCCAUGCAGCCCAUGGACAGGUUACCCUACCAGCAUUUCUCGGCCCACUUCGCCUCGGGCCCGCUGGUGCCGCGCCUGGGCAGCGUGGCCAACCACACGUCGCCCCAAAUCGGCGACACCCACGGCAUGUUCCAGCACCAAAGCUCCCACCAGCCCAUCGUGCGGCAGUGUGGACCUCAAACGGGCAUCCAGUCCCCUCCCAGCAGCCUGCAGCCGGCAGAGUUCCUCUACUCGCACGGCGUGCCCCGAACCCUGUCGCCACACCAGUACCACUCGGUGCACGGCGUGGGCAUGGUGCCAGAGUGGAGUGAGAACAGCUAACCGGCCAGCACCACGGGAUAACCCGGCAAACGGGACAAGGAAAAGGAAAAGGAC